AUGUCGGACAAACCGGAGAGCAGCAAGACUCAACUCGAAGAGCAUCUCAUCCAACCAUUGCUCCAAAAGGAUUUCUUGUCACAGUUGCCAGUGGAGGUUGCUUAUCGCAUCAUCGGCUAUUUGACACCGUGCGAUUUGACGGUUUGUGCUGGCGUUUCGCGGACGUGGCAGCGAAUUUGUGAAGAUGAUCGGACGUGGCGAAAGAAAUGUUUGGAGAAAGGAUAUGUGAAAUUUGAUGCGCCAAGUUUUCGUUUUCUCGGAGGCUGGGCGGCGAAUCGAGCAAAUGAGGAAGCGGGAAUCACAAUCUCCUCACAUAUGACCUUUCAGGAAGCACGUCAAAAUCGACGAGAACGCGAGAUCGCAUAUGGACAGUGUUAUGAGCGAUCCUCAUGGAAGUCGCUGUACUUGCGGAAGCAGCGAAUCAUUUCCAAUUGGCGAUCCCGACCGAUUCAAUCAAGCACUGUUCUAAAGUCGGGUCGUAUCGUUACUGGUUGGUUAGAUGAUAAUACGUUGCGGGUUUGGAAUGUUGAUGAUGCUCAACCGGCUUUCACUCUAACUGGCCAUAUGGAUAGUGUUGUGACGUCGCAAGUGAGCGAUGAUGGCAAAUACAUUGUCAGUGGCUCGUAUGAUCGAACGGUGCGCGUUUGGUGUGGUCAAACCGGUGUACAGCGUCAUGUUCUGCAGGGGCAUACGGGUACUGUUUGGUGCAUGAGUCUACAUGGCACAACUCUUGUUUCUGGAUCGUCCGAUCAAACGCUCCAAGUCUGGGACAUUGUCGACGGAAAAUGUCUUCAGGUUUUGACUGGCCACAUGGCGGAGGUGCGUUGUGUACAAUUUGAUGGAAAACGGGUUGUGUCUGGUUCCUUUGAUUCUACUGUAAAGUUUGAGCCGGAGCGCGAUCUUGUCGUCUCGGGAAGUCGGGAUAGAACGAUGCGCGUCUGGGAUGUGCGAAGAGGAACAUGCAUCGCAAUUCUUCAUUCUCAUGAAAUGCUUCUCGGAGCCCACUAUGGCAUGCAACUUCGCGGAAAUAUUUUGGUCUCCUGCUUUACCUACACGGACGUUGGGGUUUGGGACAUUCGUAACGGUGGUUCGUGCAUUCAUCGUCUGCAAGGCGUAAAUAGUCACACGGGUUACAUCACUUCAUUCCAAUUGCUCGACUCGGGAUUUUUGGUAACAAGUUCUUACGAUGGCUCGGUCAAGCUGUGGGAUGUGGAUAAAGGUACCUUUGUUCGUGACCUCGUUCGUCUUCAGGCUGACAUUUGGAUUUGGAGACUCUUCGCGACCGAAACAUUUCUCCUAUGUGCUCGCGAGGAUAAUGCGGUCGAUCAUCUACAAGUUCAGUCUGGUCGUAUCGUUACUGGUUCAAAUGGUAGUACGUUGCGUAUCUGGAAUGUUGAUGAUGCUCAACCGGCUUUCACUCUAACUGGCCAUAUGGGUGCUGUUUAUACGUCCCAAGUGAGCGAUGAUGGCAAAUACAUUGUCAGUGGCUCGACUGAUCGAACGGUGCGCGUUUGGUGUGGUCAGACCGGUGUACAGCGUCAUGUUCUCCAGGGGCAUACGAGUAUUGUUUACGGCAUAAGUCUACAUGGCACAACUCUUGUUUCUGGAUCGUCCGAUCAAACGCUCCGAGUCUGGGACAUUGCCGACGGGAAAUGCCUUCACAUUUUGGCUGGCCACUUGGAGACGGUUUCGUGUGUACAAUUUGAUGGAAAGCGGGUUGUGUCUGGUUCCUUUGAUUGUACUGUAAAGGUUUGGAAUGUAGAGACGGGUGAGUGUUUGCACACGCUGACGGGUCACACGAAUCCAGUCCUUUCACUUUUGUUUGAGCCGGAGCGCGAUCUUGUCGUCUCGGGAAGUCAGGAUGGAACGAUGCGCGUCUGGGAUGUGCGAAGAGGAACAUGCAUCGCAAUUCUUAUCAGUCAUGAAAGGCCCUACUAUGGCAUGCAGCUUCGCGGAAACAGUUUGGUCGCCUGCUAUACCGGCUCGGACGUUGGGGUUUGGGACAUUCGUGAGGGUGGUUCAUGCAUUCAUCGCCUGCAAGACGCAAAUGGUCACACCUCAACCAAAAAGCGUCAAUGCCGUUUCAUCGACCGCUUGGCGAACGCGAGGCGAAACAACAAACCGCACCAACGUUCAUUCGGCCUUUGUCGGACAAACGGGCGGUGGUCGGCGAACGCGUGGUACUCGAACACUGGUGGCUCCAAGCAGUCCACAUGCAUCCUCAUCGUUGCCCCAGCUCCAACACCAGUUCCAGGCGCUAAACCAAUCAACAGCCCCGCUCCACCGCAGACCCCCGUCGGGCCGAGUGCACCGAUUUUUUUAAAGGAACUUCGUCAUCAACCCUUAAAACCGGGAAUCGCUGUUGUAUUUGAAGCCCGAGUCGCCGGGCAACCACAACCGACGAUUGAGUGGCUCAAAGAUGAACGCCCCUUGCAGAAUUAUCGGGCAAAAGUCGAGCAUGAUGUGAAAUCAGGCAUUAUCUCAUUGACGAUUCCACAAAUGUUCACUGAUGAUGUCGGCGAGUACACCUUACGGGCGACGAAUCAACACGGAGUUGCUCAAACUUCGGCACAUCUUCUGCCCAAAGAUCAAUACGAUCGGUGGUUUACCGACGAACAGUCGAAGUUGACAAGAGAUCGGAAACAGAACAUGCUCGCCCAGUCGGCAGUUCGUCCAGCCUCUGCCGCGAUGCGACAAAUGAGCAAGUACGGUCACCAAGCCUACUCCGACACCGAGAGCUAUGGAGAUGUGACCUGGGGCAUCUCGGAAUCGGAAACCGAGCCCGAGCUGGCCGCUCUAGAGCCCCGGGCUCCGGCGCCGGGCACUCGACCUUUGCUUCGCACGCCUUUGAGGGGAUUACGACUCACCGAGGGCACGGACGCGAUCCUUCAGGCGAAUAUUGUUGGAAAUCCGAAGCCAAAAAUCGCUUGGUACAAGAACGGACAAGCGUUGAUCAUCACAGGCACGCGGAUGCAAGUCAACUACAAGGGCACGAUGGCUGUUUUGAAAAUCUCGAUGGUUGUGCCGGAAGACACUGGCGAUUACACGAUCCUCGCCGAGAAUCGCUUCGGAAAAGUGGACUCAUCGGCGCGGAUCGAGGUCUAUCCAUUGUCGAUCCCCGACGAACGACCCCUUCUCACGCCGAACACCCAACCCACGACACCAAUACCGCAGGCGACGUCCGGGGGAGCGUCUUUGCCUGUGACACAACGGCAGCAACAAUCCCUUGAAAGGCCUCAACAAUUGCACGAAGCACAGCCGACUCAACAACAAUUGACGGCAGCUGCUGUCGCCUACGAGAGAGAGCGACAGAUUCGAGAGCAGCACGCGAGAAGGCAACAACAGGAAGCCGAGGCUCAGCAACGGGAGCAACAACAACAACAACAACAACAGCGGCGACAGCAACAGGAGACCGAGGCGCGCCGCCGCUUGCAACUGGAAGAAGAGGAGAGGCGCCGACGGGAACAGCAACGCCGUGAGAUUCAACUGCUCGAGGAGCGACGUCGACAAGAAGAAGACGAGCUCCGUCGACGACAGGAGGCGUACACGUAUUCCCAAUUUGUACCCUAUUCGCCGACCGGUGGCAGCUCGUGGGGCGGUGCACAGCCGAAUCUACAAUUUGGGGCACAACAGGUUCAAUACAGUCAGCCGUCUCCUCCAAAUCUCCAUCAACAACAUCAAAAAUCCCCUCAACCUCCCGUUUACCUCGUCCAGCCGGGCACCCUUUGGCAGCAAGGAGCCUACGCUGAGCCGAUUCAUUCAGGAGCACAACCACAACAACCCCUUCACUACCAGGAACCCGUGCAACGAGUAAGCGGUGGGCAGUCCGCUUACGAGGAUCACAUCGUUUCCCGUCGACAUCAAGGCCAUCCGGCGCAAAGGCAGCUCCGACUACCCGACUACUCUCCUCAACUUGGCAGCGUUGAGCAAGAGUGGUACACUCGAGAACACCAAAAACCCCACUAUCAGCAGCAGAUUUUACCCAAUCAACACCAGCAACACCACUACGAUAUGGCGACCAAACAGCAGCAACAGAAGAACCCAACGACUCAUACGAUGGUUGCAAGAGUCAAGGCUCAAAAUGGCUCGAUGAAGGAACAGGCAGCGACCGUCAUCGAGGGUUACUCGGCCCCGUCGCCUGGGCAAAUCAUCGGCAGAUCCGCGAAACCGCCCGUUUUCCUCGUGCAUCCCCAAUCGGUGGCAGCCAAGAUUGGAGAUCAAGUCGUUUUCAGUGCAAAGGCAAGCGGCGAUCCACUUCCCCAAAUGGAAUGGCUAAUGGGCGAUGGCUCAGUCGUUCCCCAAACCGGCCAAAUCCGUGCCGAGAGUUUCGCCGAUGGCAGCGGCCGACUCUGCAUUGAUAAGGUUGAAGCCGAACAAGCGGGCACUUUCCUGUGCGUUGUGCGAAAUGCAGGUGGCAGUAUGCAAUCGCGCUUCCAGCUACAAGUGCUCCAAACCCGAUCCCCAGAUGCGCCCCGUUUCACAGGCACUUUCCAAUCGACAACAAUUAACGAAGGAGACACGAUCAAAUUAUAUUGCAAAGCUCAUGGUGACUCACUGAAAUUCGAAUGGUCAAAAGACGGUGAUGCGAUCACGUCAGGAGGACAUUACAAAGUCUCAAAUUCGGCUAACGAAACGACUCUCAUCGUUGAGCAGGCCACUCUGGAGGAAGGCGGAUGGUACACAUGUGUGGCCAGCAAUCAAUUUGGCUCCACACCGCUAAAGGGUCGCAUUGUUGUGCAAUCGCGUCGCAAGCUUGCCCCGCAUCAGCGCGAGUUGAUCACGCUGAGGAAAGUCGAGCACAAACGCGCGAGGACUCCAGUGAAUCAAUUGGAAAUCGCCUCGUCUACCCCACCACAAUUCCAGGGUUCACUGCAACCACUUUCUCUUGUUGAGGGUCAAAGUGCUCGCUUAGAGGUCAACUACACCCCAGCUGAAGAUCCGAAUUUAAAAAUUGCUUGGAUUAAGGACGGUCGUGCUCUUCUCGCAUCAUCUCGUGUCGCCACAUUGAGCGAAUUCGGCGUUGCUGUCUUAGAAAUCAAUCCGAUCAACGUUUUUGACCAAGGCGAGUACACGAUUGUCGCUGUGAACACGGCUGGAGAAGCGCGAUUGUCGACGACACUGCAGGUGCUCGGUCACGCUCAAGUCGCUCCUUCACCGCGUACGGUUGGCCAAGAAAUGGGUGGGCAAAUGUAUGGCUCGAUGACAGCGUCGAUGAUCGGUGGUGGUGCUGGCGGAGUGCCCGAGGUGCCCAACUUUCACUCGGAUUUGCGAAGUCACGAGGUUUUCGAAGGGCAUCCGAUUCAUUUGGAGUGCAAGAUCACCCCGAUCAACGAUCCAAAUCUCUACGUGCAGUGGUUUCUCAACGGACAACCGUUGCCAGAAACUGCUCGUCAUCGCACCUCAUCCGCUUACGGUUUCGUCUGUUUGGACAUCGCUGACGCACAGUCGGGCGAUGCCGGUUUCUACACGGUGGUCGCCUCGAAUGAUCUCGGAAGCGCUGAUCAAAGCUGUGAUAUCCUUAUUCAUCCAAAGUCGACUUUGUUGCAAUAUCAAGCGAAUCUGGAUGUGGAUGAUGUUCGAGAGUUGACACAUCGUGGGGGAAACGAUGGAGAAGCCCCGAAAUUCAUUCGCUCACCGAUCAACUACCAUUGUGAGCAAGAGCUAGGACGAUCGUAUUUUGAGGCAACCAUCACUCCCGUCAACGAUCCGAGUUUAAGGGUCUCGUGGCUGAAAAACGGGCAAGCGAUGCCGAACGCGAAUCGCAUUCAAACGGGGGUUCAUUUUGGUCAUGUCUCGCUCACCAUUCAUCCAACGUACCCCGAGGAUGCUGGCGUGUACACUUGCGUACUCCAUAAUGUCAUGGGUACAGCGCAAGCGAAUGCCGAGUUGACCACGUAUCAGACUGAGGUGCUUAAACUCGAGUCUCAGCACGGAGAGAGUCUGCCGAUCAUUGGCUACCUUGAUUCUCAUCAAAUCCACAUUGGACCGAUGCCCGUUGUCCGUCCCGAAGAAGAGCACUCUUUGGAAACCCCAAGAUUCGCGAGAACAUUGCAGGAUAAAAUUGAGGUUACUGAAAACGAGCCGGUUCACUUUGAGGCGCGAAUCCAGCCGGCGAGCGAUGUGAAGAUGCGAGUCGAGUGGUUCCACAACGGUCACCCAUUGGCCGCAGCACAUCGUUUCCGUCCAAUGUUCGACUUUGGCUACGCCGCCUUGGACAUUCUCUACGCGUAUCCGGAAGACUCUGGCACAUAUACAUUGGUGGCGCGUAAUGAAUUGGGCGAAUGUCAAUGCAAUCUUGAGUUGUCUGUGCUUUCGGAGAAAUCCCUCUACCUGGAUCCCCAUCAUCCAGAAGGCUUAGCUCGAAUUGAACAACUUGAGCACUCAAGGAUUGGACAAUUAGAAGAGGAUGAAGAACGAGGGUGCAGCGGUGCACCACAAUUCCUCGGUGAUCUCCAGAAUAUGCAAAUCAAUGAGCACGACGAUAUUCAUUUAGAUGUUCGGGUGACUCCCGUAAAUGAUCCAACGAUGGUGAUUGAAUGGUUUGUGAAUGGACAUCCAUUGUUGACCGGAAGUCGUGUGAAAGCCAUGUAUGAGUUUGGUUUCGUUGCCCUGGAUGUUAAAGGAGCUAUUGCUGAAGACUCGGGCACGUACACCCUAGUGGCGAGGAAUGCGCUGGGAGAGGCGAAACGCGAGUGCACCGUUAUCGUCCUUCCCCUGGGCACGAUUCUGGACAACACACAACACGAGGAAUCGCUUGGAAAGAUCAACUAUUUGGAGAAUUUGAACAAGUAUGCGAGGGGUGAGAUUGAAGAAGUUGCACCCGAAGGACCACCCGUCUUCAUCCUGCAAUUGCCACAAGAUCUCGGAGAGGUCGAAGAAUCCGAGCCCCUCCAUUUGGAGUGUCAAGUUCGACCGUAUAACGACAACUCGUUGAAGAUCACGUGGAUGAGAGAUGGUCGACCGAUUCCACACGGUCACCGUUUCCGCACUUUCUACGAUUUUGGCUACGUUUCAUUGGACAUUCUUGGCGUCUAUGCUCAGGAUUCGGGCGAAUACUCGUGUGUCGCUGAGAACUCUCUUGGGCAGGCAACAACAGCAACGAGAUUCAUUUGUCGAGCGAAAGAUGGAAUCCUCGGCCAAACGCAGCACCCAGUCUCCUAUCAGAAAAUUCAGGAAAUGGAAUUGCCGAAACCGAUCGAAGAGGAGCAACCCGAGGCUCAAAAAGAAGCUCCGGCUUUCGUGAAACCGAUUGGACCAGACGCCGAGCUGGAAGAAGGUGACAACAUCUAUAUCGAGGCUCAAGUCACUCCCACUGAUGACAACACGUUGACGUAUGAAUGGCUUUUGAAUGGGAAUCCGCUGAUGAAAGCGCAUCGCUAUGUGCUUAGUCAAGAUUUUGGCUAUGCUGCUUUGAACAUUUUGUACGUUUAUCCCGAGGAUUCUGGGGAAUACACACUUGUCGUCCGAAAUGCAGCUGGUGAAGCUCGUAGCUCGAUGAACAUCCGUUGUGGACCAAAGGGAUCUUUGAUGACCGACUCACUUCAUCCGUCAUCGCUAGCGCGGAUCACUGAGCUUGAAACACCCCAACAGAGAGCUGAACCAGCCGCUGAUCGACCUCGUGAAGCCCCGCAAUUGUUGAAGGGAUUGCCAGGAGAAGCACAAAUCGUCCAUGAGAGUCAAUGCCUGCAUUUAGAAGCACAGGUUUCUCCAAUCGAUGAUAAUUCGAUGCGAUACGAAUGGUUUUUCAAUGGUUUCCCGUUAAAGCAUAGCUCUCGUUACCGUAUGUCUAAUGAUUUCGGGUUCAUCUUUUUGGAUAUCGAUUACAUUAUUGGAGAUGAUGAGGGAGAGUACACGUUGAGAGUGACAAAUGACGCGGGACAAGUCGAAACGGGAACAAGGAUUCAGGUGGAACGCUUGCACUCGAUCCUCACCGAUACCGCUCAUCCUGAGUCAUAUCGACGAAUUCAGGAACUGGAGGCGUUACAACCAGCUCGUCCCAGUGACGAAGAUGCUCCAGUGGAGAUUCCCAGCUUCACCCAGCAAUUGCAAGGACCAACGGAGGUACUGAAAGAGGGUCAAUCCGUUCAUAUGGACUGUGUCGUGCAGCCGAUCAACGAUCCAUCAUUGCGAAUUGAGUGGUACCACAACGAUCAUCCACUCCAAUUUGGGAGUCGAAUUCGCACCAUUCAUGACUUUGGCUAUGUUGGGCUUGAGUUCUUGCACGUGCAUCCGGAAGACUCGGGCAUUUACACGUGUCGAGCGGUGAACAAUGCCGGAGAAGCAAACUCGCAAAUCACUCUCGAAUGCCGCCCGAAAAAGAACAUCUACCUUGACACUCAACACGAGCAAUCAUGGGUCAAGAUUCAGGAGAUGGAGAAUCGACCGGAUUUGAGAGAACCAUCACCGGAGCUCUCGUUCCCUGCGCCGCAAUUCACCGAACAGCUUCAAGAUGUCGGAAAUCCACCUGAAGGAGCCGCGAUUCGACUCGACUGCAAACUCGUUCCGAUCAACGAUCCGACUUUAAAGAUCUUCUGGACGUUGAAUGGAGCUCCGCUAGAGAACGCUUCCCGUUUCAUGCCUCAACGUCACCUCGAUCUCGUUCAUUUGGAUAUUCUCGGCAUCUCGGCUAGAGACUCUGGAGAAUAUGUGUGCAAAGCGAUUUCUCAAUUCGGUGAGGCGGAAACGCGUUGCCAAGUCACGUGUGAUCCAACGGCAUCCCUCUUGCUCGAUCCACAUCAUGAAACGAGUUGGCAGAAAGUUCAAGAGAUCGAGAAUCGACAACUCCCACAACCGAUCGAAGAGGACGCGCAACAGGUUGCCCCACGCUUCGUCGUUCCAUUGGCUGGCUCGAUGGGUGAAUUGGUCGAAGGAGUGCCGAUUCAUCUCGAGUGUCAAGUUGAGCCAACAAACGAUAAUACUUUACACGUGCAAUGGUUUCACGAUGGAGCACCGCUCGCGAAUGGUCAUCGUUUCCGAGCCACACACGAUUUUGGAUACGUUGCACUCGAUAUUUUAUACGCUUUCACUCAAGACACUGGCGAAUGGUCGGCGGUGGCGAGAAAUGCUUUGGGAGAGGAUACGACGCUCACUUCUUUCACAAUUACUGCGCGGAACUCGUUGUUUUUGGACACACAACAUCCAGAGAGUUGGAAGAAGAUUCAAGAGAUCGAGGCACCAAAAGCUGGAGCUGCUGAGGCGCCUGACGUUGAGCACGACGCACCGCAAUUCAUUGAACCAAUGGAGAAUCUGGAGCGCAUUGAGUUUCAAUCAGCGCAUUUCCAGACUCGUGUCACGCCGAUGACCGAUCCGCGGAUGCGAAUUGAGUGGCUGAAGGACGGAGCGCCGCUCGGGAAUAGCAACCGAAUGAAGUUGACUGCUGAUUUUGGAUACAUUGCUUUGGAUAUUGCUCAUGUUGUGUCAGAGGACACCGGCACGUACACGGUGAUCGCCAAGAAUGAAAAGGGUGAAGCUCGAGUGGAAGCACAACUCGCAGUGACUGGAAAUGCGGCGAUUCUUGGAGACGCUCAAAAUGAAGCAUCUUGGCAAAGAAUUCAAGCAUUGGAGGCACCAAAAGAGGCACCGCAAGAACAACAAGAGCAACAACAUGGACCACCGAAAUUCAUUCGACAAUUGAACAGCCCUUCCGGAGUCAUCGAGGGACAACCCGCGCACUUUGAGGCUCAGUUCGUUCCGUUCGCCGACCCAGCCACCACGGUGCAAUGGUUCUUGAAUGGAGCCCCGUUGGCCGCCUCGAACCGAAGGAUUUUAAGAAACGACUUCGGCUUGGUCACUCUCGAUUUACAGUAUGUACUUUCCGAGGACAAUGGAGAGUACAAAUGCGUCGCUAAGAAUCGAGCCGGUGAGGACGAAACGACUGGCAGUCUCUCUUGCGAGGCUCGACCAUCGAUCUACGGAGACACUCAGCAUGAGCAGUCCUGGCAAAGGAUUCAACAGCUGGAAGCUCCUAGAGCCGCGGCGGAGGAAGCACCCUCGCCAGUCUACCAAAAGCCGACCUUCACCCAACCAUUGCAGAGCGUGGACAAUUUGCCCGAGGGUGGGGUGGCGCUUUUGGAGGCGAAAGUGAUCCCGGUGAAUGAUCCGUCGCUGAGAAUUGAGUGGUUCUGGAAUGAUGCGCCGUUAAUGGAAUCCAACUCGAUUGCGACGACAAACGAUUUUGGGUGCGUAUCGUUGCGAAUCGCUGGAGCAAACUCGCGUCACUCGGGCGUUUAUUCGUGUCGAGCCACAAAUGGACAAGGUGCCGCGGUCACCUCUGCACAAGUGACUGUCAGGAAUGAGGAAGAUUUAUUAAUGGAUACAUCCCAUCCGGAGUCACUGCGAAAGAUUCAAGAGAUGGAAGCUUUAGAUAAAUAUGCAAAAAUCGAGGCCCCGGAACGCGAGUUCUCGAAGCCACAAUUCGUGCAGGGUUUCGAGAAUUUCGAUGACGUGAAAGAGGGAGAAGUGAUCGAGUUGCACGGGCUGGUUGAACCGUCCGGUGAUCCCCAAUUGAGAGUCGAAUGGCUGCUGAAUGGGCAGCCGCUGAUGAAUUCGAAUCGAUUCCGUAAAGAGUACGAGUUCGGCAACGUGAUUCUGACAAUUGUGCACGUGUUGCCGCAUGAUUCUGGCGUUUACACGUGUCGCGUUUGGAACGCACAAGGAGAAGCGAUCACAUCGGCCACCGUUAAGGUUGCCGGCUACGAGCGUAUCAUUUCGGAGAGUCAACACCCAGCAUCGUGGCAAAAAAUUCAAGAGAUCGAGGCGCCAAAAGUCGUCGAAAUUGUCGAGGAAGAGAUGGUCAAAGAGAAACCGCAUUUCUUGCAACAACUCCAAUCGGUCGAAGGUGUACAAGAAGGAUCACCUGUUCAUCUCGAAGCCACUUUCCAACCGGCUAGAGAUUCCCAAUUGCAGGUGAGCUGGGAGCGAAACGGUCAUCCAUUACCCGCUUCACAAUUGGUGCAAACCAGACACGAACUUGGUUGGGCUACGCUUGACAUCUUAAGUGUAAACCCGGAUCAUGAGGGGAUCUACACGGUGAAACUGUCGAAUUCGGAAGGAGAAGCGGCCAGCAGUGCAGCGGUGAGAGUCGACGGAACAUCGGCUAUUAUUGGGGAAACGAGACACGAAGAGAGUUGGAAGAGGAUUCAAGAAUUGGAAGCACCCAAGGCACCGGCGCCUGAUGAGGCGCCAGCCGUUUACGAUCAUCCGCAAAUCUUGACCCCAUUGGGUGACAUUGAAUGCGAAGAAGGUGAUCACAUUCAUUUGGAAGCAUCAAUCACUCCACUAAAUGAUCCGAAUCUCAAAGUGCAAUGGAUCAGAAAUGGAAACCCAUUGACGCAAGGAAGCAAAUACGCGAUCAGUCACGAUUUCGGCAUCUGCAUGCUGGAUAUUGGGUACACGUUCCCAGAGGAUGCCGGUGUAUACCAAUUGAAGAUUUGGAACGAUCAAGGAGAGGCCGUCUCAUCGUGUACGAUCAAGUGCACUGGAAAAAAUGCGAUCCUCGACAGCACACAGCAUGAAGAGUCGUGGAAAAGAAUUCAGGAGAUGGAAACAAUGAAGCCCGAAGCCGCUGAGCCUGAACCCGCUCCCAAGUCCGCGCCAAAGUUCAUCACGCAGAUCACAUCGCCUGGAGAACUCGUCGAGGGACAACCUGCUCACUUUGAGGCGACCGUUGAGCCGAUUGACGAUCCGACAAUGCGAAUCGAUUGGUACCUAAACGGAGCGCUGGUUGGGGCGACGUCUCGCGUAAAGACGAUUCAAGAUUUUGGCUGGGUCAUUCUCGAUAUCAAUCACACGGAGACGAGGGAUACGGGAGAGUGGAGAGUGGUGGCCAGCAAUCAAGCCGGACAAGCUGAAUCCACUUGUCAAUUAAGUGUACAGGGACGAGAGGGAAUCCUCCAAGAUCCCCUACAACCACAAAGCUUGCAAAGGAUCUCUGAGAUCGAGGCUCCCCGCCUGGCGCCCGAAGCGGCCCCAGACGCGCCAGCUGACGCACCGACAAUCACCACGCAAUUGGAGUACACCGGUGAACCAGAAGAGGGCACAGCAAUUCAUCUACAAGCAAUGUUCACUCCGAAAAAUGACCCACGAAUCCGAGUCGAAUGGCUCCAUAACGGGCACCCGAUUGGCCACUCAAAUCGUCACAAAAUGCUUUCGGACUUCGGGUUUGCCGUUCUGGAUAUCACGCAUCUGUUUACGCAUGAUUCUGGUGAAUACACUCUACGAGUUUACAACGAAAGCGGCGAAGCAAAAUCGAGUGUUUCUUUCAACGUUGAACCCAAAAGUGGACUCCUUCUCGAGCCACAAAGUGAACAGAAAGCUCAAGCUGUGCAUCAAUUAGAGGAAAGACUCAAUCAGAAAGUCGAUGCCGUUAUUGAUGAGACGAAAGAGGUGAUGCCUGUCUUCGUCGAGCCACUUUCCGCCCCGCAACACUUGGACGAGGGCGAUCGAGCGCAUUUCAACGCUAGAUACGAGCCAACAAAUGAUAAUCAUUUACAGGUACAAUGGUAUCACAAUGGUCGUCCGCUUCUCAAGGGCUCUAGGGUGAAAACGAUUCACGAUUUCGGCUACUGUGUACUCGAGAUAUCGCCUGUUUAUCCGGAAGAUUCGGGCGACUACACGUGCAGAGCCGUGAACCGUGUCGGCGAGGCGGUCACCUCCACUUCACUCCAAUGUACACCGAAAGAGGGAAUCAUCUCGAGAUCCCAAUUGCCUGAGAGAAUGUCUGGUGCUCAAGCGCGAAUCGAUGAGAUCGAAGCUCCACGCCCGUUGGCUGAAGACGCGCCCGAUGUCGAGCAUGGACCGCCACGAUUUACCACGCAACUUGUGUCACCGCCCGAGCUUCUGGAAGGAGAGAUUGCGCACCUCGAGGCUCAAGUGGUCCCUGUUGCUGAUCCCCGCCUCCGAAUCGAGUGGUUCCACGAUGGGCAACCGAUUCGAAACUCGAAUCGCAUGCGAAUGGUUUCCGAUUUUGGAUUUGUCGUCUUGGACAUUCAUCCCGGCGAGCCACAGGACAGCGGCACGUGGAAAUGCGUGGCCACAAAUGAUUGGGGAAGUGCUGAAUGCGAGGCGCAGUUGAAGAUCGUGGCCACGGGCGGCGUUUUCUACGAAUGGCAAUCGCCGGCCGAGCGGAAAGAGCGAAUUGAGCAGCUGGAGGAAUGGAUCCAUCGACCGAAAGAGGAGUUGGCCCAGCCGGCACAAGACUUCGACGCGCCACACUUUACCCAAGAGCUCAUCGAUUUGGGAAUGUUGAACGAGGCCGAAGCCACGGCUUUUGUUUGCGUGUUGGAGCCGAUUGGAGAUCCGACGAUGAGAGUCGAGUGGCGACAUAACCAACACCCAAUCCCAUACUCGAACAGAAUCUCAACAACGAACGAGUUUGGUGUGGCCACACUGCUCAUCAAGCAUCUCAUCGCGCAGGAUUCCGGUGAUUACGAGUGCAUUGCGACAAACUCGAAAGGGCAAGCAAUCACGGCGGGUCGCGUACAAGUCGCCUCACCGGACGCCAUCGAUGCGCCGCAGGUGGUGCAAGCGCUCGUUUCAUCGAUCGAUGGUGUCGCUGAGGGAGAUUCGGUGCAUUUAGAGUGCCGUGUCACACCCACAAACGAUCCGAAUUUGCGAGUGCGCUGGCUGAGGAAUGGAAAUCUGUUGCCUGAGGCGUCGCGAUUCCGACCAUCAUUCGAGUUCGGUUUUGCGUCGCUCGAUAUUCUCUACGGAUAUCCGGAAGACUCGGGCGAGUAUGUGUUGGAGGUGAAAAACGACAAAGGAGAGGCCACGACGAAAUCGCUGGUGACGAUUCUGCCGGGAAAAACCCUCGACUACGCCCCGCAAGCGCACGGCAGUCGACAAGACAAUUUGGAGUCACAUUUUAGACAACAUUCAACGAAAGAAUUGCAGCUCACCGUCGACGACAACUAUGACGAGGCUCAGGGCAGGGCACCGGAGUUCAAAGUGGGAUUGGAGAAUAUUGGCGUUGCCGAGGGAGAGUUCUGCCGCUUUGAGACUCAGGUGGCCCCGAUUAAUGAUCCAUACAUGCGGUUGGAGUGGUUCAAGGACCGGCGACCGGUUUUGAUGGGACAUCGCUUCCGAUCAACUCUCGAUUUCGGUUUCGCCGCUCUGGACCUACUCUACGCGUUGCCCGAUGACACUGGCGAGUACCAUUGUGUGGCGACGAAUCGUUUCGGCCAAGCCAUGCUCUCUGCAUCACUCGCUUGUCAGGGUGGCUCCCACGUAGUGACGACAAGCCAAAUGCCACAAGGACUCUCGGUGACAUCCGUCAAGAAAGAUCAACAGAAAUUGUACUGGUCUGAGACGCAACCGGCUCAACCGCGCGUCAAGCAAACACCGCAAUUCUCGAUAAAACCGCGAAACACGCAAGUCUCCGAGAAUUCGCCAGCCCGUUUCGAGUGUGCCGUUGUCGGGAAUCCGAAACCGAAAGUCACCUGGUACAUCAAUGGAAAUCAAGCAUUGCACGGCCAUCGCUACAAGUUGAACUACGACGGGCUCUACUAUUUAACGAUCGCCAACACUAGAGUCUCGGACGCCGGAGAAGUGGUAGCGAUUGCUCGGAAUUCGGAGGGUGAAGUGCUCUCCUCUUGCUCGCUGGACAUCUUCCAGAAUGAUGACUUCAGAAAGCUCAAACUCCGCCCAGCCUCCCACAAAACCGCUGAAGAGUUGCAGGAACGCGAGCGUCGCUGGCAGCGCGAGACUCUCGGCAAGCUGGGCGAGGCGUUCGAGACGGCGCCCAAAGCCGACGCCCAAAAGUUAAUGCAUGUGGAAAGGGCCCGGUCGCCGAUCGAGCCCCUAGAAAGCGAGGAGUUGAUUCAAAAGUUCACCAGAUCAAAGGAGGAGAUGUUCGAGAAGCUCGGCUACGUUGAAACCGAGAAGAAACAAUUUGAGGGGAUGACAUUAGAAUCAGUGCCAUUGAAAGCCGGUCGAACGAAUCGUUUCGAGCCGAAAAGGGAGCGACUCCCAUCAGUGGAAUUGCGGCCAUUUGCUGGAAAGAAGGACCAACGCGAGCAGAGUCCCCGUCCCGAUUGGGCGCUGGACGGCGGGGCGCCGAUGAAGCUCCCAGGCGCCGACGAGGCUCGCUACAAGAGGGUCGAAGCCGAGCCCAAGGAGAUCAACAUCCCAGCCAGGGAUCAAGUCUCGUUGCAGUCCACUAAACCAACGCGGGCUGAAAAAGUCGACGGUGGCGAGCACGUGAAAAUCGCUGAAGACAAAGCGAAGAUAAAGCAACCCGCCCAGGGUCCACAAAAAGAAAAGGAAAUCGUCGUCCCGCACAAAUCCCAAGUGAAAAUGAAGAGUCAAGGAGCACCGAAAGUGACGAAAGAUGUGGAACACGUGACUUUAGAAGAGAAACAGCUCAAAGAAGCGCAAGUGAACGCGAAACCCGAAAUCCCGGAAGCGAGGAUUUCGAAUAAACCGGACCCACCGGAGCCCACCGAUUUCUCCCAGCAACACACUCUCCUCGUCCAGUCCUACCGUGAGCACUCCGAAUCGCAGCAAUUCUCCACGAGGCACCGUUUCGACAGUGAGCUUUCGGUGGAAACCGACUCGUACACGAAAAUCCAUUACGACUACUCGCCGCGACCUCGCGAUCGCACCGUCGGUUUUCACAUGAUACGGCCACAGCCGACAAAAAUCUCGGCAAGUCAAAAGGUGGCGCCGCAACUCUCGCAGCAACUCAUCCCAAUUCAAGGAGAGUUAGGGAAAGUCGGGAAAUUUCAAGUUUUAUUCUCCGGAGAUGCGCCGAUCAAGGUGACUUGGUUUAAAGACGGAAAAGAGUUGAAGAGCACUUUCCGGCAUCAAAUCACCACGAAUAAUGCGGGCAGCACGCUGACAAUCGGACGAUUGGAGAACACCCAUGGAGGAGAGUACAUGGUCCGCCUUGAAAAUGCCGCUGGUAUGGUCGAGUCUUCGGCUUCGCUGACUGUUGGCGUCGGCUUGGAGAAGGGUAAAGCACCCGACUUUAAAGCAAAGGUGGCUGAUAUUCGCGCUCAGCAAAAUGGGAAAGCCGAGUUUUCGUGUGAAAUUGUUGGCGAACCCCGUCCGACUGUGAACUGGUUCAAGGACGGUCAACCGAUUCCAUUUGAUGGCCGAUUCGUCGCCUCUGAAGAGGGAACGGCUUUCCGGUUGACGUGCGACUCUGUCUUGGCUCAGGACAGCGGAGUGUACGAGUGCGUCGCAAAGAACACGGCUGGUGAGGCGAGAUGUAAAGCUCGACUCAACGUGAACCUAUCGAAGACUGGAAAGGGUGCUGAGGAGGGGCCACGACUCGAAGCACCACGCUUCACCACUCAAAUCCAGCCAAUUGUGGCGAACGAGGGUCAGAGCGCCGCGUUCACCGCCAAGUUCUCCGGUUUCCCCGAGCCAACCAUUCGCUGGUAUCGAAACAACGAGCCGAUCAAGAAACCCGGCUAUUCAGUCUCGCAAAAAGACGGACAAGCCACUCUCACCAUCCAAUCGCCGAAACAGGAGGACGUCGCUGAAUACAAGGUCGAAGCGUCGAAUCCAGCAGGAAAGGCGACAUCAGUGGCCAACCUUGUUCUAGCUCCUCGUUCCGGUCGAAUAGGCAAAGUCACGACACACAGUGGAAGCUCCGUCUCCGAGGCAGCUGGACCGCAUUUCGUGUCCAAGCUAUCCGACAUAAACGCGAGACAGGGGCACACUGUGAAGUUUUCGGUGGAGAUUGGCGGUGAUCCCUUGCCAACCGUGCAGUGGUAUCACAACGGACGACAACUGAUGACAGGACGAGAUGUCAAGAUCACGAUCGACGGCCUUCACGCCACUCUUGAGUUGGCUCGAGUCACCCAUUCAAAUGGAGGCGCCUACGAGUGUGUCCUCAAGAAUCCAAAGGGUGAAACGAAAUCAACGGCCCAACUCAAUAUCGCUCGA